AUGACCGACAACACCACUACUCAGCGUCGUGGCCCACCACCCGGCGCCAAAUCAGACCAUACCCAAGAGAUAGACGAGCAGGAGCUUCCGACAUUGCUCGAUCCUACUACGUGUACGAGCAAGGGCUUAUGCCCUGUCACGCAUCUUCGCGGACAGGAUGGCGACCCCUUUGAGUCGCACUCGCUCUACUACGAGAUACACGGGAGUGGUCCGGAGCGAGUUGUACUCAUCAUGGGGUUGAACGGUUCCUUCCUGUCCUGGAUGCGGCAAGUCGAGCACCUGUCGCGCACGGGAAAGCAUCAAGUUCUCGUGUUCGAUAAUCGCGGUGCGGGGAACAGCGGCACACCCCGGGGACCCUAUACUACAAGCGCCAUGGCGCUGGACGUCAUUGCUUUACUCGACUACCUGGGAUGGACGGAGACACGCGGAGUGCAUAUGGUGGGCAUCUCGCUUGGUGGGAUGAUCGCUCAAGAGGUUGCGUCGAGGAUACCUGAGCGACUUGCAUCAUUGAUGCUGGCUGUCACAACGCCUGGCGGCCCGAUAUGGUCAAACUUCCCACCGUGGGUCGGUGCCGUAACCCUCGCUCGGCUUCUAUUUAUCACCGACCGCGACAAGAAGGUGCCAAUAGCGAUCGGCAUGCUCUUCUCGAAGGAGUGGCUUGAUGCUCCUGCAGAAGGAGACGACCGUGGACGUACGAACAGGCAGGUCCAGGAAGCUGACCUCUCAUGGCGCAUGACUGCGAUCCGCGUGCAACAGCCCAUUGGUGCUCUAUCGCAAAUGUGGGCUGGGCUCACGCAUCAUGUCUCUGCCGCUCGUCUAGAGAAGAUCGCGCGCAAUGUUGCGAAGGUCGUGAUUGCGACAGGCGACGACGACCACCUCGUGGCACCCAGCAACUCCCACUACCUCGCUAAACACAUGCCUGGGUCAGAGCUGGUAGUGUGGGAUAAGACUGGUCAUGCCGUGCAGCUUCAACGCAUGAAGGAGUUUUCCGCUUUGAUUGAACGCUGCGUGGAUGAGGGGAGAUCGAAGGCCGGUCCGCCAGUGCCUCAGUAG